GGAUGUGAGGCUGGCUGGCCCGGCGUGCCCGCGGCGGUCCGGGCGGCUCGGCGGCGCCGGGCGAUGGCCCUGCUGCCGGCGCUCCUCGCGUCCUGGGGCUCGGGGCAGUGAGGGGCCCGGCGGGCGAGGGCAGGCGGCCGCGGCGCCAUGGAGGGGGUGCUGUACAAGUGGACCAACUAUCUGAGCGGUUGGCAGCCUAGAUGGUUCCUACUCUGUGGGGGUAUAUUAUCCUAUUAUGAUUCUCCUGAAGAUGCCUGGAAAGGUUGCAAAGGGAGUAUCCAAAUGGCGGUCUGUGAAAUUCAAGUUCAUUCUGUAGAUAACACACGCAUGGACCUGAUAAUCCCUGGGGAGCAGUAUUUCUACUUGAAGGCCAGAAGUGUGGCUGAGAGACAGCGGUGGCUGGUAGCCCUGGGGUCAGCCAAGGCUUGCCUGACAGACAGUAGGACCCAGAAGGAAAAAGAGUUUGCUGAAAACACUGAAAACUUGAAAACCAAAAUGUCGGAACUAAGACUCUACUGUGACCUCCUUGUUCAGCAAGUAGAUAAAACAAAAGAAGUAACCACAACCGGUGUGUCCAAUUCUGAGGAAGGAAUUGAUGUGGGAACUCUGCUGAAAUCAACCUGCAAUACUUUUCUGAAGACUUUGGAAGAAUGCAUGCAGAUUGCAAAUGCAGCCUUCACCUCUGAACUACUCUAUCGUACUCCCCCCGGCUCACCACAGCUGGCCAUGCUCAAGUCCAGCAAGAUGAAACAUCCUAUUAUACCGAUUCAUAAUUCAUUGGAAAGGCAAAUGGAGUUAAACAGUUGUGAAAAUGGAUCUUUGCAUAUGGAAAUAAAUGAUGGUGAAGAAAUCCUAAUGAAAAAUAAGAACUCCUUAUAUUUGAAACCUGCAGAGAUAGAUUGCAGCAUAUCAAGUGAAGAAAAUACAGAUGAUAAUAUAACAGUCCAAGGUGAGAUCAUGAAGGAAGAAGGAGAGGACAGCCUGGGAAAUCAUGACAGCAGCUUAGCACAGCCUGCAUUAGACUCCUCGAGUAGCUCUCCAGAAUCCCACUGGGAAGAAGGCCAAGAAAUCAUCCCAACUUUCUUUAGUACUAUGAAUACCAGCUUUAGUGACAUUGAACUUUUGGAAGACAGUGGCAUUCCCACAGAAGCAUUCUUGGCAUCAUGUUAUGCUGUGGUUCCAGUAUUAGACAAACUUGGCCCUACGGUGUUUGCUCCUGUUAAAAUGGAUCUUGUUGGAAAUAUUAAGAAAGUAAAUCAGAAGUAUAUAACCAACAAGGAAGAGUUCACUACCCUCCAGAAGAUAGUGCUGCACGAAGUGGAGGCUGAUGUAGCCCAGGUUAGGAACUCAGCUACAGAAGCCCUCUUGUGGCUGAAGAGAGGUCUCAAAUUUUUGAAGGGAUUUUUGACAGAAGUGAAAAAUGGAGAAAAGGAUAUCCAGACAGCCUUGAAUAACGCAUAUGGUAAAACAUUACGGCAGCACCACGGCUGGGUAGUUCGAGGGGUUUUUGCGUUAGCUCUGAGGGCAGCUCCAUCCUAUGAAGAUUUUGUUGCCGCAUUAACCAUAAAGGAAGGCGACCACCAGAAAGCAGCUUUCAGUGUUGGAAUGCAGAGGGACCUCAGCCUUUACCUCCCUGCCAUGGAAAAGCAGCUGGCGAUACUGGACACUUUAUACGAGGUCCAUGGACUGGAGUCUGAUGAGGUGGUAUGACGUCUGCAGCAUCGCGCCGCCUCCUAACUUCAGGGAAUAAAGUCUGCUAAAGUGUUUUGUUGCCCUGCUUAAUUUCCAGCAGCAGCUUCAACCUUCUCCAAUUCCUUACUUGAGGGGAUGGAGAGAAGGAGGCAAAGCCUAGUGCUUUUAUAUAUAAUUUUUAAAAAUGCAUAUGUCUUUUGUGUGUUUAAAAACCAAGGUGCUAUAUAUUUCAGUUCAAAGGGCCUCCUGGAAACCAAAUCGUAGCUGUUAUAUUAGAAUUGAACAGCAAGUUAUAAGAGCAGAUUUAACAAAUGAAUUUGUUGGUAUUGUGUUUUGUUUUUACCUUUUAGUUUUAAUGGGCCUCCCAAACCCAAACUGAAAAUGAGCAAAUUCUGCAUCAAGGACUGUAACACAUUACCAGUGUUUCACUCAACUUAGACUAAAAAUUUGGGGUAGGCUAAGUUCCUUUGUGGAAGCUAUUAAAAUGUAGAGUCUGGUAUUCCUAGACAUUCAGAGAAUCCUCUUCUCCAUGGCUCUGUAGGCAAGAAGAUUCUGUGUGGUCCAGGUGUUUGGGGCAUUGAUGUGAGCGUGUCAUUGUGGAAGGAGGAAGACACAAGGAGUGCCAUCCCUGUAUAUGUGGGGGGGGGGGGGGAGAGGGGAGACAGUGACUCUGCACAUAUGAGUGGUGUGCCCUGAUCAGAGCUGGAGGACAGUAUGGCAGAGAUGCAACGUGUGAUCUGAGAUGACCCCUAUCUAGUGCCCACACUUUGCAAGCAUGCUUUCCCAUGAACCAUCUGAACUGGACAUAACAGUGAAACUGUGACAUCCAGGGUUUUUUAUCCAUUUCAAAAGUAAGGUUGAGAGCUUGAAGGAUUUGCUCACAGUCACACAGCUUCUAAUUAGAGGAAGCAGGCCAUUUCAAAGUGUGAUCUGGACCACCUCUCCAGCAAAAUCACAUGGAGUGCUUCAAAAAGCAAAUUCCUAGGCCUUACCCUGACCUGAGAACCUGCAUAGUAGGGGUGGGACUUAGGAAUCUGCAUUUGAAUAAACUUUCCAGGUGAUUCUUCUGCACCCAGGGUUGAAGAACCAUGAAAUUAAAUUCUAGUUUACAGGACUCCUCAUCUUCUGCAUGAACUAAAUGAUAUAUCCUUUUUUCUCAAAGAGGAAGAGGCUUUCACUGAAAUAAAAUAGUUGAAGGGAGAGCAAGAAGUGGAGCAAAUGUACUCAGUUUUCUUGAUUGAACUGGCCUCAGCACCCAGCCAGCAGGCUUUGGCAUUGCAGCCAGAGACCGUGCUUCUCAAUGUGCUGUCUGAUCAAUCUUGGUAUAAGCGCCAGUAGUGCGGAGCCAGCCAAAUACAGCUGCUUAUCAAUCUCAAAAGCUUGGGGACUGUGUCAGAAUUUAAAGGUGGGAUUUACACUUGCAUAAAGCAACACUGGGUAGGCAUUCUCCUAAAAAGUGUGUGAUGCCAGGAGUCUUCAGUAGGCCAAGCUGCCAAAAGUGGGCAUGGGCGGGAAGUCGUGGUGUCUUCUCCACUAGAGGCUGCUGCUUUCCAGUAGCUAGAAGAGACAUUCCAACAAGGUAGUGCCUCAGAGUAGAAGGUGAGUUCCUUAAAAGGACACAGGUGAUUGCUACCUGAGCAGCCCCAGAUGAUACUUUUCCUAGGGCAAAGAGAACCCUCUUGAGGCAGGGGUUGGUGUAGAGAGGAGUUUUGAUUUUGUCUUUUGUUUUGUCCUUAAAUAAAAUGGCGUUUAUUUAGCUCAGGUUAAUGAAACAGGUGCCCCACUCAUUAAAGACUUCUGGAAAAUGCUUAAACUUAGAAAAACAAAUGUUUUAAGGCGGGAGGAAAAGGUGUUAAAAUGAUAUUGAUUCAUUUGUAUUUUAGCACUUGCUGUUGGCAGCUGCCGAGGUGGGUGUGUCAUCCUCUCCCACUCCCUCGAGUCAUCAGUGUGGAUCUCCUCUGUCUAGUGUGAAUAUGAUGGUAGAGCUAGAGGAUAAUUCAGACUUGCUGCCCUUGACAUAGUCUACUAAAAGGGAAAAAGAGAAAAAACAAAAAACAGCCAGUCUUUGCUUGAACCUUGAAUGAAGACACUGUAGGCGUGGUGCUGCUGGAAGGGGCUGCUCCUGGGAGACUAUAAGUAUCUGUUCUGAGCAACUGCUGCUGCCCCCUGUCACUUCAGGUGAACUCAUGUGUUCUCCUGGAGAAGGGGUGGGCACAUUGAAAAUUCAGAUUUGCCACUGAGGCUCUGGAUACAUACAGAAAGAAAGCUACUCAGCAUGGCCCUUUCACAUUUAUAUAGGUACUGCCUUGGUUUCUAUAACUCAGUUUUCUAGGAAAGAAGAGUUGGAUAUGAUCCAGGGUCCUUGGGAACCUAGAUCAGGUUAGCUUGAAUAACUUGAAGAGGUUAUAUUUUGUACUCUCCCUCCCCCCUUUUGCCACCCUGUAGAGAGGGGGUAAGGUUUUUGGUAGGUACUUUAUCCUCACUGGAGCACGUGAAGUGUGCCUGAUAAGUAUAAAGCUUGGAGGGCCCUAAACAAAAGCUUGUAUUAGGUGAUACACUAGGUGAGAAAUUGAACUUGGCCUGAAGUAUGCUGUAGCCAGGGCUUCAUCCUGGAUCUACAGUGUUUGCUUUUAGUUCAGGUACUAAUCUACAGGUAUCAUCCUAGAUGGGAACAAAGAGAGAGGAUAGUUAAGACCUUUCCUCGGCCCUCCAAGAUUUCUUUGAUAUCUCAGCUUUCUUUUCCCCAGAGACCGAGAUGAGAUGAAAGCAUGUUAUGCUUGUUAACAGAGGAAUCGCCUUGCUCUCAUUGCUCAAAACAUUUUUAGGAGUCCUUUUAUAGAGUAACCUUUAGAGAGAUCCUGAAGAAAAAAGUAAUUUGUCUUCUAGGUAUUAGUAGAAGCUACUAAGUAAUAUUUGGAUGAUCCCUGACAAAAAUACUUGCAAACACAUAAUUUUAUCACUUGUGCUCUUCUCCAGGAGAAGCCAUGCUUAGGAGGGAUUGAUGUAUAUUUGUCCAACGGAACAAAAUCCUUUCAGAGAUGGGAAUUUUUUUUUUGUCCUUUGAAAGCAAAUUUGAUUUAUUUUAGUUAAUCCUGGUGACAUAAGUUGGAGGCAUACCUUUUGGGGGCAAAACCAACCAAUGACUAUGAGGUGGAGCUGAUUCUCUUGUCAACUCUUGAUUCAGCUCUGCAGGGUGUUCUAGAAGCAGGGCUCUCAGGAUGUCAAACACCUCAGUCCCCAGGGAAUUGAGAAUUGACUUUGAAAGGCCGUGUUCAUUAGGAUGUGUAAGUAGCGGCUUGAGGCACCUUAUCAUCACUAUUUGCAUGUCAUUCCCAACAAAAAGUUUCCUCCAAUGUCAGUUUGCACGCUAAGGGAUAUCCGAACUCCAAAACUCAGCCUUACUGCUUUCCUCUGCUGUUUUUUCUUACAAGAGAUUGCCAGCAGAGCCCCCUCAGAGCACCAAAUCCAUCCCCCAUUUUAGCCCUUCUGCCCCAUUCCUCAGCAACAUCCUCUAAUGCAUAUGUGGAGCACAGACCUAGCCCAGGGUGAGGUGUCCAGUCAGUGGGGAUUCUCUUCCCCUCUUGGACUUCAGGAGCUUCUUUAAAGAACCUCCGUUCCCAUUUGCUGUAGCUGUAAAGCAGGUGACUACCGUGUGCGGAAAGUAACCUAUCAGACAAACACUGCUGGGAAAGUUUGCGAGCUUCUCUUUUUGAUUAUUAUUCGCACACACUGUAUGUAUCCAAAGUUAAUGCUUUCAUCUUUAUAUUUUCGGAACAGUGCUUUUAAUCAAGAAAAAUACAUGGUAGGAGCCAAUAAAUGAAGUAUACUUUAUUAAAUUAGAAGUAAAGGAGUUGAAGUAAGAGGCAUCGUAUUAAGGAGACUUAAUCUGAUUAUGAAAGUCCUAUCUAUGAAGAAACCUCAUUUAAGGCAGUAGAAGGAGUCAGAAGGUCAUGAGCAAUAUAAGAUGAUGUGAGGCAACUUUCUGAAAGAAAACUAUUUUCAUGGUUUUUGUUUUUUUUUUUUUUUUUCUAUUUAAACUACUACAUCCCUUGAGGACUUGGUUACUUUGUGGUGCAUUUCUGAGUCAUUGAUUAAAAAUCCGUUCCUUCUGGUCUUCAUCCCAGCUUUUAUAGCUUUUCAGCUUCCCUGUUCUGAGUUUCUGUGGGUUUUUUUUUUUUUUAAGGUAAACGAUCAACCUUUUUUAUAUUUUUAGAUUUAGAAUUUGUAAGUAAAGUCUAUUUUAAGCCAUUGUUGUGUUAGCUGAGCUGCUGUGAUUGUUCCUAGAGGGCCUGACUGCAGAUGCUCUUGGUCAUCUGGUACAGCCUGUACACCAGCAUCAGCGUGUGCAGUAAACCUGUGUCCCUGUGAAGUGCAUAUAGAGGGCUUUAUUUAGAAAUAAUGUUCUGCUUUUGGAUGUCCCUUUGUAACCUGCAGUUGCUUACUCAGGGCUUCAUAAUAAUGACAUUAAAAAAAUUACUCAGUAGCUGUCUAAUGGUAUUUUAAGACUGUUUAUCAAUUACAAGGUUGUUAGGGAUCCAUUCAACAGUUCCACAAACAUACUCUUCAUCAGACCUUCUCUGUAAACGCUCCUGGUUUCCAUCCCGUCGCAGCCAGUCGUCCUGUGUACAGAGGCCAUUUGCAUGAUUUCUCGUUGCGCUGUUGCACUAAGGCACUCCAGGGCAUGAUUAAAUGAUCGGUGGCGGUACAGCUGACGCAUGCAUUGAUCUUUCUCCUCCACUGGUUUUAUAUAGCCUUUUAUUAAAAAGGAAAAAAAAAACAUACCACUACUCUGUAAUGCAAAAGUUUGUGAGAUUUCUUUUGGUUACCCUUUUUAAUCACUUCUCUUGCAGAGUGAACAGAUGUUUUCGGCUAAGCUAUGUAAGAUGACAAGAAAGAGACCCUGCUUGUUUUAAGCACCAUUCUUUCUAUUACAUAUAUUUUACAGCGUGGUCAGUAUUUCUUCCCUGUACUUUAUAAACAGCAGCCACCCUGGGAUGGUUGGCACCCCUUGCAAAACUGAUGAGGUCACAGGCUCCUGUGUAUGUGUCUCUUCAUAGGUGUGUGUGGAGUCAGUGAUGACAAGGUGAUCUAGGAGUAUUCUAUUGCUUCCCAGAGGCUAAUGAGCCAGUGUCAUGGCACAUUUGAUGUCUGAGUCCCCAGUGUCAUGACAGCUUUACUAGAAUGUCAGUAAACAGCCCAACUACCUCACGUGAAAUUGGCUGUGGACAAUCUGUGUCAGAUGAGACAUGUAUUUAAGGUUGACUUAAUCUGGUUAGUAGAUUGGACAAAACAAUGACUUUAUAAAGAAGAAAAACAUUAGACCAGAUGCCAAAGGCUACAAUGUACAUAGAUUUCCUCAGAUUAAUUUUGUAAGUCAGUGUUGAAUUCCAGCCCCAGUUAUCCUGAGUGUUUGUGGUCUCAUAGAUCUGUGCACUUUGAGUACCUGUCACAUACAGUCUUGUGUUAACUGUCUUUGUCCUAAAGCAUUUUGAAUGAGCAGCAUAAUGUCAGUAGAACGCAAAUGUCAAGUAGUUUGUUGAUUUGUUAAUUUUAAUGGGCCUUUACUUAGUAUAAAUGUGUUGGAGCCAUUGGGGACCAACCAAUGAAUGAGAAUUUUCAUGUUUAGUUUUCAUGUAAAACUCUGUCCAAGUUCUUACUCUAUCUUGUGGGGAGGGUUUUACUUUUUUUUGCAAAAAUGUUUGAAAACAUCUGUCAGAUUUUAUAUUCGUUAGUUAUAAUAAACUUAUUUUUAAAGUAUUUUA